ACAAGACGGUUUCGAAAAAAAUUGCAAUAAUGUCAAUUCAAAAUCAUAAAGUUGCUGUUUUUGUUGUGUAUACGGUAUUAUUUGUGGUAUGUUCAGCGACCGAAUAUACCCAAAAUAUGUCAAUUCCACAAAUGAGCCAAGUCGAUUCUGCAUCCAUAAAAAUGAGUGAAAACCAAGAUGAAGCAUAUUUCGGAGAUGACAAAAUAGAACAGACAUUGAUCCUGCUUAAACCCGAUGCCGUGCAGCGAGGUCUGAUUGGUAGAGUCAUCGAACGCUUUGAAUCAAAGGGAUUGAAAUUGGUUGGAUUGAAAUUUGUUCGGGCCUCAGAACAAUUGGUUCAACAGCACUAUAUUCAGCAUGCGCAUCGUCCAUUUUAUCAUUAUUUGGUAAAAUUCAUGAUCUCCGGUCCGAUUGUUCCAAUGGUGUGGGAAGGUUUGAAUGCGAUUAAGGUCACCCGCAACAUGAUAGGUAGACCUGACUUAGCACCACCCGGCACCAUACGCGGUGAUCUCAGCACCGAUAUGGCACGUUCCGUCGUUCAUGGCUCACAUACAAUGGAAUCGGCUGAAAAUGAGAUUAAUUUGUGGUUUCAAAGAGAUGAACUGGUUUCUUGGACACCUUUUGGCUCUCUGCUUGCACCUUGCAGUGAUUCUAAACUAUAA